AAACAUUUGACGUAAUCAAAAUAUCCAUGACGUCAUAUUCAUAACUGUAAACAAAAUGUCUACUUUUCAUGUCAAAUGGUGUUCGGUGUUUAACGUUUUACUUUGUAUCAAGUAAUAUCACCGUCGGGCAAGUCUUAAUUUACGAUGACCAAAAAGGACCGUACAUCGACGAAGACUGGUUUCGGACGUCGGUUAUGGGGUAGAAAAUCUCGUUCGGGAUCCUCUGGAGAUGCUGACUUCGGCGUCGAGCAGGCGAUGAUGAGUUCGGAGACUCUCGAAGACGGCGCCGAGAACGUCGUGGCAACACAGCACGCCGUCAUCGACGACACGCCGGGACUCGUGCUUUAUGUCGGAAACCAACGAGAGUUAAUUGCGGGAGAUGCCCGAAUUUGCCGGAUUUGCCUGAUGGUGAAAGAACGCGACGACUUCCCGAAGGUACAGCCGUGCGGACACCGGAGCUGUCUCGGGUGUCUCCAGGAGUACUUCCAGAUGGAGAUAUCCGAGGGCAGGACCGACAUCAGAUGUCCGGAAUGUGCCGAGCCGAUCGACCCGCAAGGAAUCUACACAGUACUGAAGGACGACCGGGCCAUGAUAGAAAAAUACGACAAGUUCAUGUUGCGGCGAGCUUUGAUCGCGGAUAAAGAUGCUAGAUGGUGCCCAGCUCCAGACUGUGGUUAUGCCGUAAUAGCGUCAGGGUGCCGCAAAUGUCCCAUUCUGAAGUGCGAAACACCCGAGUGUGGGACACUCUUCUGCUAUCACUGCAGGAGGAAAUGGCAUCCAAACCGGAAGUGCUACGACAUGCGCGAAGAACUGCUGCUCUUAAAAAACAGCCAAUCGGAAUUUGUCACUGACAAAUCUUGCCAUAAGGAGGCAGAGUAUGCGGGUAAAGUGGGCGAGAUGAAGCCAUGCCCGAGGUGUAACUUCCUCAUCCUCAAGACCUUCGACGGGUCCUGUAACGAGAUGGUUUGUUCCGUCUGCAAGACCAAGUUCUGCUGGCAGUGUAUGCAAGAAAUAUCACACUACCACUUCUUCGGCGCAACAGGGUGUAGCUACUAUGGGCGUAAGACAUGGGACAAGAAGAAGAGAAUGCUCUGGCAAGUGGGUCUGUUGGUGGGAGCACCAAUUGCAAUCGGUAUUGCCGUCACCAUUGCCCUUCCUACCAUGAUCGUUGGUUUUCCGGUGUUGGUGGGAGUAAAGGUUUUUUCUCGGUUUAAAGACAAGACGUCACGCCGUAAACGAAAGUUGGCAACUGCGGCCAGCGUCGCGGCUUCUGUGGUUGUUUCUCCAAUCAUUGCUGGAAUAAUUGUGGGGUGUGCCAUGCCCGGCAUUAUAGGCUACAUCUACGGAGUUGUUCCAUUCUCCCUUUGCUACACAUGUGUCUCAACGUCGCCAAUGAAGCCGCUGUCGUUACUACUGCCGUACGAUGGUGAAACCAAUAAUAUCGUGACCGAGCUAUGAUACUGAUGAAGAAUGUGAUGAACUCUCCUUUCAGCACGUGACGGUGUUGAACACAAAUCAAUAUUAAUUUGAGACAAUGUUUUUAUAAUCAGUGCCUUUGCUAGGAGGGUAAUUAUGGAGAGAGGCACUACCCACCCAAAUCACAGAAGUUUUGGUUCUAGUGGUUUUUUAAGAUAUGAAAAAUAUUUUUCUGGAACAGUAAUAGUAAGAAUAAUAAUGUUGGUCAUUUAAAGACAGUUCCAUGAUUUAGUCCCCAAUAAGUUAAAACAGGUUUUCUUUUUUUUAAGGUACUCGAAAUAACAAAACUGGUCUUCGUUGGGCACUGUUACGGCUGUAUUUAUAUAGGGUUCCAUAUUCGAACCAUAUUUAUACAUGGUUUGGGUCCAUGCUACUCAAAUUAUUAAUGACGUCACACUACAGUUUGUAUGGUGUUGCCAUUAUGUUACUAAAGACCACUUUUAUAAGCGCGAGCCGCGUAUGACAAUGUAUCAGACAAAUUCAUUUUAGUUUAUACUAUUUCUAUACUUUAUAAUGUCCAAUGUUUGACAACUAAUAGACUUAUAUACCUCGUGGUCAGACAUUCCUGUGUUGCUGUAAUAUAUGUUUAAUUAAAAUGGAUAAUAAAAAUAUAUCUCUGAA